UCUUCACUGAAACGCUGCUCGUGCUUGUAGUGCGCGCGCACAGUUGGCGGAGACAGGCAGCUGUGAACGGUCGAUCUGGUGAAAGAAGAAAACAGGAUGAAGACGAUAGCCCUGCUGUUUGGUUUAUGGAGCCUUAUCUGCCUCUCACAUGCUCAGAUGACAGAUGAGGCUGAUGGUGAGGAGGAGGUGGUUGAUCUUUUUACCACACCACGCACCAAGCUGGCUGCUGCGACCUCCGAUUUUGGCUACAACCUGUUCCGUCAGCUGGCGGCACGUGACCCCAAGGCCAGCGUCUUUCUGUCACCCAUGAGUAUAUCAGCAGCCUUUUCACAGCUCUCAAUGGGUGCAUCUGAACGAGCUGAGACGCAGAUGUACAGGGCUCUACGCUACCACACUCUGCAAGACAGUCAUCUCCAUGACACACUGAGAGACCUUCUAUCCUCACUCAGUGCAUCGGCCAAGGGCUUUAGCUCUGCAGAACGCAUCCUGUUGGCUAGGAAGCUGCGUCUUAAGUUGGAUUACCUCAACAGUGUAGAGAAGCAAUACGGAGUACGCCCUCAUACUAUUACAGGUGGAGCCCGGGAUCUCAAAGUUGUUAAUGAUUGGUUUAAACAGAAGACUGGCAACAAAGUGGACCAAGUCCUUCCCUCAUCUGUCCUGCGCAACACCGCCAUCUUGCCAGUGGGGGCAGCCUAUUUCAAGGGUAAAUGGAUAACUAGUUUCAGCAAGUCUAACAAGAUGGAGAACUUCCAGAUGGAUGGAGAAGCACCAGUUCUCAUUCCCAUGAUGGCGCAAGAAAAUUACCCAAUCAGAAUGGGCAUUGACCCUGACCUUGGCUGUACGAUUGCCCAGGUUCCUAUGCAGGAUGGAGUAAGCAUGUAUUUUUUCUUGCCCGAUGAGGUGACUCAGAACCUGACGCUGAUAGAGGAAGCACUUACUGCUGAAUUUGUCCAGGACCUCGCCAAUACCCUCCACGCGGUGCAGGUGGGACUCACCCUGCCCGUUAUGAAAGUCAGUUACAGCACAGAUCUGCUAUCAUCUCUCUCUGACCUGGGUCUAUCCGAAUGGUUAGCAGAAACAGACCUUAUCAAAAUUACCACUCAAACAGUCAAGUUAAACUCUGUCCGUCAUAAGGUUGUCAUGGAGACGGCUCCAGAAGGUACCGAGUAUGCCGCCACCACCCCCACUGCGAAAGGCCAAUCACUGGCACUAAAAUACCACGUGGACCGCCCCUUCCUCUUUCUAGUCAGAGAUGAGCCAUCCGGAGCUCUUCUCUUCAUUGGGAAAGUGUUGAGGCCCAGUGACCUGGAAAGGGUAUGAGACACACAUAUACACUUACAGUAUACACAAAUGUAAACAAACGAGAGAACUUCAACUUUGUGUGUAAACUUUAAGCCCAAUCACAUACAGUAUCUUACUUACAUUGACAUUCGGAGCCUAAAUUCACCUUCAUUGCUUUGCCCAUCAACAUUUUUAGCAAGCCUCAUCAUGUGUACCAAUUCACAGUCAAGCUGUACAUUUAUAUUGGGUCAUUUACUACAAAUAUUUUAUGGAUGUACUAAAAGUGUUAAGCGUUGUAUCUGUCUGGAUCUUAGCCAUUCGUUUUUCUGCAUAAUAACUUAAUGACGCUCAUAAAUCUUUUUUACUUUAUUAAAAAUUCUGGUAUCUGCAGCUGCUACAUUAUCAUGACUAUGGAAUGGUUUGGUAACAAAUCUCAACAUGUUAUAAUGGCCAAUUUACUUGUCACUAUAACAUUUUAUUAGCAAUCACUCAGCAAUGUUCAAAAGAAACUCAAAUUAUUUUAGUUAGAUAUUCCUAUAUGUACAUUUACUACAAGCAAGAACAUUGAGAAUGUGUAUAUUAUGUUUUAAGAAAAAAAGAGAAAAAAAAUAAACAACUUUCAAACAGAA